GAGAACACGUCAAUGGUCAUCUUGACCCUAUAGGCUAGCACAACGGUCAAAAAGAAAAACGGAAAUAUGCAUGGUUGGCUCGACUAAGAAUACAACGAAAUUAAACCAGAUUGUAAAUACUUUGGCUUUUUUUUGAAUAUUGCAUUAUUAAAAUGCAUCACAUGGCUGAAGUUUAUAGAUAAAAAAUCUCUAGGGUUCGGAACCAAAGCUUGAUCAAAUAAAUCUGCAUCUUGCAGACAUCUUUCAGUUGUGUGUUUGCUGGGAAAGCUUGGGUCGUUUCAAAGAGAAGUUUGGCAUCCUGUUAAACGCAAUUGUCUACCUAAGCUCAACCUGCUGUUUGCUCUUAGCAAAAGCAACCGUACGUUAAUGCACGUUUCCACAGGCACUUUGAACCCUUUAAACAGUGCCUCUUUUGUUUUCUAAAACCUUCAACUGACAGCUUGAUUAGGUCUGCUACAGCCUCAGGCUGUGGUUCAAGGAGGAUCUGAUGUUUUAGUGCCUUGUUUGUGGUUCAAUUGGUUCUCACAGCCCCUCCUAAAUGUAUAAAAUCUAACACAUACAAAGCCUAAUUUGUCUCAAAAUGCAUAUUGGAUGUAUUAGUUAAAAUGAAACAGGCAUCGGAUAAAAAACAACGCAACAGUUAAAUCAGUCAAAAGUGAUUUUCAUUGAUAAUGUCCAUGGUUGAAUUUGGAUCAAUUAGGGUCUUGCAGAUGUGCAGAAUCAUGCCUGACCCUGAGGCAUAAAGAAUACAAUCCAAUUUUCCUCAACAAAUGUAAUAGCAUUAGGCUGGAUAAAAACAGGCAGCUCAUAAGGGAGGAGUCUUUUAAAAAACAAGAGAGCUGAAAGAGGCUCAGAGAGACGCAGCUCAAAGGAAAUAGACAAUAUCCAGCAGGCUUUAUUUCAGAUGAAUCUGAAGGCUGAAAAGCUGUUUGUUUAGACGUUUCAAUGUUUUUAGAGUUUGAAAACGACGGAAAACUCCUUUGCUUGAUUGCUGGAGGGAAACCUACCUUGAUCUGAAAUCAAAGAAGAAAAGACUGAAAAGUUUGCGUGAGUUUCUGUCAUGCAACAGAUUUGACAGCAGCACCGGAGAAAGAGUCUUUGUUUGAACUCUUCAACUUUUUCCAAAGAGACGGAGGAGAGAUAAGAUAAACAGUGGUAAAAAAAAAAGUAGUUUGGACAAUCUCUCCAAAACUCUUUGCAAUAAUGAGGAUCUUUAACAAGCAUCUGCGGCUUCAAGAUGUCACCAUCAUGUAUUUCACUGCUCUGGCUGCACUGAUGGUCAUUUUGGUGGCUUCUUACCAGGCACCCUCUUUUCCUGUUGAUGUGUCAAGUAUCAAACAAAGCCCUUCCAGAUCUCUCCCGCCUCUCCCCAUGCCUUUCCGUGCUCCCCUUGACCCCCGAGGUGAGCUUCAGCUAGCCUGGAACAUCAGUUACGCCAAACAGGAGAUCUACAUGGAGCUGCAGGUGGCAGAGCUCAAACACGGUGUGGUCCUGGGGAUGUCUGACCGCGGUGAGCUGACCAAUGCAGAUUUGGUAGUGCUGUGGGAUUCUGGUACCAAGAGCUACUUUGGGGAUGCAUGGAGUGAUAGUGAGGGCCACGUAUCCCUGGACAGCCAACAAGACUAUGAGCUCAUUGAGGCCAAAGAAAAACCAGAUGGAUUCUAUCUGCUCUUCAAAAGACCAUUCAGCACCUGCGAUCCUAAGGACUACCUUAUUGAGGAAGGAACUGUGCACAUCAUAUAUGGGCUCCUGGAUCAGCCUCUUGCCUCUCUGGAAGAGCUGAACCUGUCCAGGAUCCACACAGGAGUACAGCGAGUGUUGAUGCUUCGUCCUGACGACCCGUCGCCCACUCUGGGCCCAGAUUUGCAGACAAUAGAUGUUGUGGCCCCUGAUGUCAUCAUACCGAGUCAGGAGACCACCUACUGGUGCUUCAUCCAAAAGCUGCCUGAAAACAUGCCCAAGAAUCACAUCAUCAUGUAUGAGUCAGUGAUAACUCCAGGCAACGAGGCCAUUGUACAUCACAUCGAAGUGUUCGAAUGUUCCCCAGACAUGAUGGACGUUCCUCAAUACAGCGGCUCCUGUGACGACAACAUGAAACCACGAAAACUUAAUUACUGCCGCCACGUGCUGGCCGCAUGGGCUAUGGGAGCAGAGGCUUUCUACUAUCCUCCGGAUGCUGGCUUGGCGAUAGGCGGUCCUGGUUCUUCAAGGUUCCUUCGCCUGGAGGUCCAUUAUCACAACCCUCUUCUCAUUGCCGGUCGGCGUGACUCAUCGGGGAUACGACUGCACUACACCCCCCGUCUGAGGCGCUAUGACGCGGGGAUCAUGGAGCUGGGCCUCGUUUACACGCCUGUCAUGGCCAUUCCUCCAAAGCAACAUACUUUUUACCUCACUGGGUACUGCACAUCCAAGUGUACUCAGACCGCUUUGCCUCCAGGAGGAAUCUAUGUCUUUGCAUCCCAGCUGCACACCCACCUGGCAGGUCGUGGGGUGAGGACUGUUCUUGUGAGGGGGGGCAAGGAGGUGGAGAUAGUACAGGAAGACCAGCACUUCAGUACACACUACCAGACAAUCAGAGUUCUGCGGAAGAUGGUGAACAUUUUACCUGGCGAUGUCCUUCUAACAAAGUGUACUUACAACACAGAAGACAGGAGCAAGCCCACAGUGGGAGGCUUUGGCAUCAUGGAGGAGAUGUGUGUCAACUACAUUCACUACUACCCUCGAAUUCAGCUGGAGCUCUGCAAAAGCCACAUCGACAUGGGAUACCUGCAGAAAUACUUUAAUUUCAUCAACAGGUUCCAUGGAAAUGAACAGUGUGUUUGCGGUGAGGUGGAUGUGACUCAGCAGUUUUCUCAGUUGGACUGGGAUGACUUCACAGGAGAAGUGCUAGACUCUCUUUAUAACACAGCGCCCAUCUUCAUGCACUGCAAUCAGUCGACUGCACGCUUGUUUCCUGGCGAGUGGGAAAAACAGCCUAUUCCAGUGGUGACCUCCACCCUUGAGAAGCAUCGCUACCCCUGCGAGGGAGGUGCAGUCCCCACCAGCUGACCGGUCUAUGCAGGCCGUUCUGGAGUUUCCUUAAAGGAUGGAGCUUUAAGAAAAUUAAACAAGUCCCUGUGAUGUGGUUCACUUCCACUUUAUUUUAUGUCCUCUGAUUGUCAAAGUAGUCUAGUGUUUGCUGUAAUAAAGACUUCUGUAAACAUUCA